ACUUAUGAAAUAAAUCUCUUUUUACAGUAAAAUAACAAAUCAUAUAUUUUAUUCUUCCUGGUAGCAAUAAUAAGGCUAAAACCUUAUUAUUUUAUAUUGUAACACUUAUAAAAAUACCCGUCGGGCAAUGUGGCCCGACGAAAAUGUCCAAUGUAGCAAUCUCAUUCAUAUCACUAAUAACGAAAAUAAACACAACAAACGACGUUCUAUUAAUAGCAAAACUCUUCAUAGUUCAAUCAGUUUCAGUUAGAGUCGUCAGAGUGCAGCACAGGCACGAAGGUAAUCAAAAUGGCGGGUACCGUCAUUGUUAUGCUGUCGGGCCACUUUACCCGACGUGCAAUCUCUUAAAGACGUAGAGCGUCGGUCCAUUUGGCCCGACGUGGCAGCUAACGUGUUUAUGUCAUCCGGUAUUUUUUUAUAUAAACAUUGGAGUACGACUCAAGCAAGGAUAUUACAACACAAGUAGUUUGUACAUUUCGACGUAAAAGGUUUUGAAACACUGAAUUAUGAUAUAAUUCAUCUCAGACACAGUUUUAAAUGUAACUAUGCAUUGCUCAAAGUUCAAACUUCCUCGAUGGAAAAAGAAAAUAUUGUUGCACUAUACAAGUAUCAAACCGACCAUACAGAUUAUUUAUGAAACAGCUGUUUAGUUUAAGUUAGUUUUUAAAGCUAUGUUCAACUAUCAUUUUUGACCUAUCGUCUUUAGGUAUGCUGUAUUUUAAACCAAAAUAUAGCAUUUAUAAGCAAAUACGGAUACCAUUUGAAUGUAAUUUAUUGAAUAGUUCACUGUAUGAAAGUUAUUUUAACAUUUUGAGAUAGCACUACUUAUUGAAGGAAACAGAAUAUGAUGAUUAAAGUCUUAGUAAUAGCUAAUAAGUUGAUAAAACAAUUUUUCAAAGCAAAUGUAUGUGGAAAGACGGGGGCAUUUUUAACAGCCUUAACUAGUCUACAUUGUUCAAAGUUGUCUAUUUCAGUAUUUUAAUAUCUUAAAUUUUAUAGUUCAUGUAGCCGGUUUAAAUUAGUAUAAUCCAGGGUAUCAGGUAUGUUGUAUCAUGUAAAUAUUGGAAAGACUAGCAUUUGCUAUAAAUUAAGUUUGAGAAGGAAACUCGUGCCUGAAUUUUUAUUAUUAUACAAUGUUUAAACGUGUUGUUUAUAACAUUGUAUGCGUGUUAGUGCCAGUGCCGGGAAAGGAAGACUUCCAGGAAGUGUUGAAGCAUCAGCGUUGGGUAACUGUGUACUCUAUACACAACUCGGUGAGGGCGAUGCAGAUGGUUGUCGUAACCUGUCUGGACAUCCAGAGGAGUAGCUUCUACAACACUGCCUACAGCAAGAACAUCAGCCUUGAGGAGUUUGAGCGUGUACAGACACUUCAGACUAAUAACUUAAUGAAGGUGCUGCAAGGUCCAUGGCUUGAAGAGAUACAUCACAAAAUACGAAUGUCAUUUGAUCAGGUGGGAAAAGGCUGGUUCAACAUUUACGAGCGGAAUUGGCAAAUAUACGACAUCUCAAAACUCUCCCGCUUCAUGCUUCUAAUCAAGUUCAGGAUGCAGGUAGGUAAACACUCAUAAGAGGCUAGUUUUAGUUUAUUGAAACAUUAUACAUAAAUAAAUUGUUUUAGUAACGUAAAAAUCUUCCAAUAAUUUUUACACUGCAGUGAUUAAAAAUACACUUUUGCGAGUGUGUAAGUUGUUUUGGAGCGACCUAUAUUUUAAAUUGAGGUAUCCAAAAAUAUUUGCAUGAUGAGUCUUUAUUAAUGUUAAGAUCGACAAUUCCCCUCUACUUUAGAAACUGCCAAUAAUUAGAGUUUAAUUUUACCAUUUCAACAGGUAGCUCGUAUUUUGAAGAUUUAAAAAUAGGCUUUAAUUGUUUCAUGACAUCGUCACCUGCCGCCGCACCAUCCAAGCGGCUCUGUGGAGCCGCGUCCUUCAAGCAAUCAUCGAUGUCCGUACAACCCACCCGCUGGCGGGCGAACCUCGGCUUCUACCUGGACCCUAACAACUCUCACUGUGACGGGACGAAGGCGUGCAGACUGUAUGGUUACUUGGAGAAACGCAGCCUCCUCGACCUGAUGAGCCUGAACGAUUUCGCUAAACGGGUGGUCGUCGUGUGUAGAGAAAAUGAGGACUGUGUCACGCGUUACGACAAGUGGUGCAAGUCCAACGCACUCCGGACGCAGCGAAUUUCUCGUCACGUCCAUCAUAUCUGCCGGUGCGUCUGUGCACCUACCCGGCCCGAGAGGAUCCACACCCCUACAUAUUCUGGUGAUCAACAGGGGCGACGUAAGUGUGACGAAGAGGCUCCUGUCUGAAGGCGCCAAUCUUCUCGCGGCUGACAACGUCGGGACCUCGUGUAUUGAACGGCCAUGCACUACAUUAACGCAAAAAACGUGGCCAUACUGGAGCCGUUCAUGGGACACUGUACGCCCGGAAUGCUGUCGGCUCUACUGCACAAGCCGUCCGGCAUCGACACACCGUAUUAUGACAACAGUCUCGUAACGUUGAUACAGAUCUUCUGUUUCCUGUAUCCGGACGGCUGUGAAAAAAGUCGCGUUCGCCAACAAGUAUAAAAAUAACUAGACGCUAGAGAUCUCUAUAGUUUCCAAAGCCAUUGACACUAGACCGGUUAUGUACAGAAUCACUGACACUCAAGGUGAAGAAAUAGAAGGUUCAUAUCACGAGGAGGAAUUUGAUGAUUUAUAUGAUUUGUUAGACUUUGCCCUUGUCUAAACACUUAUGUAACAAAUCAUAUAUUAUACAAAGGAAUGAUUUAACUAUAUUUAAUUCAUCUAACUGAAGUUUUAAAAGUCUAAGUAGUGCGCCAGUGCUAAUAUACAUAUCAUAAUAAAGUGUUGUAAUAUCAGGUUCAAAGCUAAACUCCUAUAAUGCCUUCUUUUCUAAUCUAUAACUAAAUAUCUCUGAAACGCUCAUUCUAUUUAGUCUAUAUUUAACCCUCCCCAUAAAAUUUGUUAUUAUUAUUAUUAUUAUACCUGUUCUAUUCACUGUCCGCACGCGAGUAUCCCUAUACGAUUCGCUAGUGGAGAGUAGUG